AUGUAUAUUUCUUCACUAUUUCCUUUUGUAUCAUUAACACCACUUCCGGAGAACAAGGCGGCAGCUAGGGGCUCCGUCCGAUGUGUUGGCGGGCAGGCGAUCAACCCUCCAAUGUGUUGUUGCUGUUGCGGAUUGCACCGUCACCAAAUCCACCUUAUUAGUUACGCCUUCGUUUCACUCGGUCUGCUCGCAACGGGUUUUGUCUUCACAAUAUUUUCUAUAUUCUACAAGGAUUCGCAAAUAGGGAAGGUAUGGCUAGCAGGACCUACGACUAUGGUUGUCGGUCUGGUGUUGUGUGGAAAGGGUGCCAAUCCCGUAAUGCAACGACUCGCAAAUAACGGUGGCAUGGCGCCAAACGGCCGACAUUUCGGCUCUUUCACCCCUUCACAGGAUGGCUAUCAAAAAGCUCUAAUUAUCCCAAAUAAUGCCGCUAAGCAGAGCAACGGCAGUAUAUCUGCCCCGUCAGGAUCCGGUUCACCAGGUGGCUUGCAUAUCCCUCCCCAAGUCACCGCAUACCAUCAACAAAAAGUCCCGAACGCCGAGACAUGUCUGAUGUAUUCACAGUACGAGCCGCCAUUAAGCAAUUUGAAUUCGACACCUAUCGGUAUGCGUUUGUCCCACGCAAAACUGGAGCAAUCGCCGAGGGGCAGUGUCACAUCACCGGCUGUCAGCGAGAUCUGCGAGUGCGCGAAGUACGGCACAAUCCGCCGGCCGGCCAACCUAUAUCAGGGCGAAUCGUUCGUGCUCAAUGAUAGGAAUUAUCUCAUA